UUUCCAUUCAAUCUUCUCACAGAGUACAAGCCAACGGACACGAUUUUACAAUUUUGCACCGAAAGCACGUUCUCCUCUUUGACCUUAGAUGUGGCGAGUUAAACCUGAAUGUCCUUACAGGGUCCAAAAAAAAAAAUGGUUAAACAAUAUUACAUUAUCACACCAAAGAUAAUAUAUGAAAAAUACAACUAUUGAACAACUAACCAAGUGACCUGCCAAGUAUAGAAUUAGUUGCAGGUGGUUUUUCAAUAUAUUUUUUGUAUGUAUUCCAGGUCCUGCUCGUUGUCAGCUCUGGUUUGUGUCUGCGAGUCGGGUUGAAAAGUAAAGGGAAGAGAGAAACAAACGGGGAGUAGGGAGUUUGUUUUUUUUUGUUUUUUUUACCAAAAGAAAUUAAAACGUAAGAAAAUAAGGACGCUUUUCAAAAUGUAUAAAAGAGUUUGCUUUUUUAAAAACAUAUAAAUGACAUACAAAAGUCACGAGCACUGGAUAUCGAUAUUGUAAAGUUUUAACUAGUAAGCGGAGGGAAGUUUAUUGAGUCAGAGUUUUGAAAGUUAAGUACGAUACCUGUUCAGUUGCAAGACAUUUUUUUAACAACAGAUAUUGCUCGGAUUACAUGUUGUUUAUUUUAAAAUGUAAAUUAAACUGGUAUCGUGAGUUCAAAAUAAACUAUAAAAUAGAGAGUCUUUAUUUUACCGGCAGUUGUUGACAUUAUGUACUCGGGAACGUCAACAAUUCAAAACAAGAGCAGCUGAGCAAGCUGUCAAAACUGAGUGAACGUCUUUCUUAUCACCACCAGAAACUGGAUAGUUUUUCUUGCUUUAUUUUUUAAAAUCUUAGAAAACGAAAUCAAACUUUAUUCAUGGUUAAUUUGUGUUUAUUUAUUUUAUUUAUUUUAUGCAAUGUUCUGUUUUUAAUGUGAAACUGCAUACUUUUGGAGCCUGUAGUUCCAAAACCACGCUAAGACAUGAGAAGUCGAAGCAACUCUGGAGUUAAGCUUGAUAAUUAUGCCAGACUGGUGCAAAAGACCAUCCUGUGUCACCAGGAUCCAGUGACUGGCCUCUUGCCUGCUAGUGAAAAGCAGAGGCACGCCUGGGUUCGAGACAAUGUGUACAGCAUUCUGUCUGUGUGGGCCCUGGCGCUCGCCUACCGAAAAAACGCAGACCGGGACGAGGACAAGGCAAAAGCAUACGAGCUUGAACAGAGCGUUGUGAAACUGAUGAGGGGGCUUCUUCAGUGCAUGAUGAGGCAGCUGGACAAAGUGGAGAAGUUUAAGUAUAGUCAGAGUCCUAAAGAUGCCCUUCAUGCGAAAUACAGCAUCAAAACAUGUGCCACUGUGGUGGGGGACGAAGAGUGGGGCCACCUACAAGUUGACGCCACCUCCCUUUAUCUGCUCUUCGUAGCCCAGAUGACAGCUUCAGGUCUUCACAUAAUAUACACUCAGGAUGAAGUAGACAUCAUCCAGAAUCUUAUGUUCUACAUAGAAGCUGCUUAUAAAAUUGCAGACUAUGGCAUGUGGGAACGAGGAGACAAGACAAACCAGGGAAUCCCAGAACUCAAUGCCAGUUCAGUAGGCAUGGCUAAAGCAGCACUGGAAGCCUUAGAUGAACUGAACCUGUUUGGUGCUAACGGUGGGCCUGCAUCAGUAGUUCAUGCUCUAUCUGAUGAAGUGGAGCACUGUCAGUCAAUUCUUCAUUCUAUGCUGCCAAGGGCUUCAAACUCAAAAGAAAUUGACACAGGCAUCCUUUCAGUUAUCUCAUACCCAGCCUUUGCAGUGGAAGAUAUUCGGCUCGUAAAUAUAACAAAGGAGGAAAUAAUUUCAAAAUUACAGGGCCGGUAUGGUUGCUGCCGGUUCCUUAGAGAUGGACACAAAACUCCAAAAGAGGACCCCAAUAGGCUGUACUAUGAGCCUGCUGAACUAAAGCUGUUUGAGAACAUUGAGUGUGAAUGGCCCUUGUUUUGGACUUAUCUCAUUCUGGAUGGUAUCUUCAGUAAUAGUCCUGAGCAGGUUCAGGAGUACAGAGAUGCUCUGGAAGGGAUACUGAUUAAAGGAAAGAAUGGAAUACGACUGGUACCAGAGCUUUACAGCGUCCCUCCUGACAAGGUGGAGGAAGAGUACAGGAACCCUCACACCGUUGACCGGGUUCCCAUGGGAAAGCUGCCCAUUAUGUGGGGGCAGUCUUUGUAUAUUGUGGGCAGCUUAUUGGCAGAGGGAUUCUUGGCUCCAGGUGAAAUUGAUCCACUAAACAGGAAGUUCUCUACAGUCCCGAAGCCUGAUGUGGUUGUCCAAGUGUCCAUACUAGCAGAGACAGAGGAAAUAAAGACCAUCUUACAGAAGCAUGGGUUUAAUGUACAAACAGUAGCUGAUGUUUACCCCAUUAGACUUCAGCCCUCUCGGAUCCUCAGCCAUAUCUAUGCACGGCUAGGUCGCAACAGGAGGCUUGGCCUGACCGGGCGACCUUACCGCCGCAUGGGCGUCCUGGGAACAUCCAAACUGUACAUAAUCAGAAACACCGUCUUCUCUUUCACUCCACAGUUUAUAGAUCAGCAGCAGUUCUAUUUGGCCCUGGAUAGCCGGAUGAUUGUAGAGAUGCUCCGCACUGACCUCUCCUAUCUCUGCUGCCGCUGGAGAAUGACAGGUCGACCCACAGUCACCUUCCCCAUCUCGCAAACCAUGCUCACUGAAGAUCGGUUAGAUUUGGAUUCAGUUAUCUUAGCAACAUUACGAAAGCUACAAGAUGGAUAUUUUGGAGGAGCUAGGGUUCAGACAGGCAAGUUGUCAGAGUUCAUGACAACUUCCUGCUUCGCACAUCUUAGUUUCAUGAACCCCAAACCUGAUGGUAAGAUGCUUCAUGAUGACUAUGGUGAUGAUGAUGAUGAUGAUGAUGAUGAUGAUGAUGAUGAUGAUGAUGAUGAUGAUGAUGUUUUAGACGCGGUGGAGUCUCUGCGUGCCUUUCACUUUGCAGAUCAUGUGGACACCACUGAUGAUCUUGCCAAGUAUUUAGACCAGCUGUUGAAAAGUCCAGCUCCCAUGCCAUCGCAGGGUCCCAAGAAAGGAGGAAUAAGUCGUUUCCGUGCUGUUGCGCACCAGACCUGUGAAAUGGUGUCUCUGAUGAACAAAGCAAAAGAACUGGACAUACAGAAUGUGAGCAUGUACCUUCCUAGCAAGCUGUACCAUGCCCCUCAGCCCUCGUUCACCCUUCUGGAUUCAACUCAGCCUCAGCCAGCUCAGGAUAUCAAGAUUACUCGGAUGGUUGUAACUUCUGAAAUGAACCUGCCCAAAGAUUCAUCCGGUAAAACUGACUUCAGGGCUCUGAUUGACCAGCUGAAGGAAUGCCCUUGUUUUCAGGAUCAGGCUGACAUCCUGUACAUUCUCUUCAACUUGAAGGGUGCGGACUGGGACACAGAGUACUAUGGUGAGCCCGGCACCACGGUGAAGGAUCUCUUGAAUAAGCUGUACAACAAAGCGGGUGCCAUGCGCCAGUGGGGACUCAUCCGCAUGAUCUCUGGCAUGCUAAAGAAAAAAGUGGAGGCACUAGACGAGGCCUGUUCAGAUCUGUUGUCACACCAGAAGCACUUAACAGUGGGUCUGCCUCCAGAACCUCGUGAGAAGACUAUUGUAGCACCUUUGCCUCUAGAUGAGUUGACAAAACUGAUUGAUGAUGCCAGUGAGCAGAAUAUCAACAUAGCAGUUCUUACCCAGGAAAUUAUGGUGUACCUGGCAAUGUACAUUAGGACCCAGCCAACACUUUUUACUGAAAUGUUUCGUCUGAGGAUUGGCUUAAUCAUUCAGGUGAUGACAACAGAGCUUGCCCAGUCCCUCAACUGUUCAGGUGAGGAAGCCACGGAGAGUUUAAUGAGCUUAAGUCCAUCAGAUCUGAAGAAUCUUCUCCAUCAUAUCCUGAGUGGAAAGGAGUUUGGGGUUGAAAAAAGCAUGCAUUCUGUUGCUGCAAUAAGCCCUGUCAUAUCAAUCCACGAGGUGGGCAAUGUGGGAGCAACCAAGAGCGAGAGAGCAGGAAUCAGUAAACUCAAGCUGGAUAUGAAGCAGAUGGAAAUGCGUAGAUUGUCAUUGCCAAGUGACCUUAAGUCCUCUAACUUUCAAGUCACAGACAUUGAUAUCAGUGAGUCUUCAUCAAUGAAAUUCAGUUCUUCUCCCAGUAUGGAUGAGCUUCCCUUCCCAGCUUCAGCAGCCACAGAUAGCCGCCAGGGGCAGUGGCUGCGCAGGAGGAGGCUGGACGGGGCCCUAAACAGAGUGCCAGUGGGCUUCUAUCAGAAAGUGUGGAAAAUCUUACAGAAGUGCCAUGGACUCUCCAUUGAAGGGUUUGUUCUCCCUUCAUCAACAACUCGAGAGAUGACUCCUGGAGAAAUCAAGUUUUCAGUUCACGUGGAGUCAGUCCUGAACAGAGUACCACAGCCCGAGUAUCGGCAGCUUCUGGUGGAGGUCAUUCUGAUGCUCACCAUGCUGGCAGACAUUGAGAUCCAAAGCAUUGGGGGGAUUAUCCAUGUGGAGAGGAUCUUACACCUUGCCAAUGACUUAUUCUAUGAAGAGCAGAAAGCUCUUGGUGCAGGUGACGAUAUCUUGAAGAAAGAUCCAGCCACUGGAAUCUGUGUUCUGCUAUAUGACAGUGCACCCAGCGGGCGCUUUGGUACCAUGACAUACUUUACUAAAGCAGUUGCAAUUUAUGUGCAGGACUUCCUACCCAGCAGUGGCUGUGCAAUGCAGUGAAACAUGAGAACUAAACCACUGGCACCUGAGGGUUUAUAAAAGAAAGAGAGGCUCAAGUUUGCGCUUUCUUUCGUUUAAAUAAAACAGGAACUUUUAUCUUGGUGUUUUUUCACUGUGCGUUUUCUGAAACACGAGCUGCAUGAUCCUGAAAGACAUUAAAUGUUUUAUUGUAGUGGUAUUUAGACAGUUAUCAUACUGUCACAUUAGAUCUGAAUGAAUGGUUGUUUGUAUUUCCAUGAAAAGGGAUGAUGUGAAAGGCUUUUGAUGUGAAAUACAGUUAUCCUGAGAUGCUAUUCAAUUUGAUACUUUCUAGAGCAAUUAGAGAUACACAAAAUCAGUAAAGUAUAGAUCAGCCCAUCAUAAAACUAGACUUGACUUCUUUGUGAUUACCAUUUGCACCGACUUUUAGAUGGACGUGGUUAGGACAAGACUUCCAUUAGUUGUUUUAGUUUUAUUUAUUUUUUACAAUUAAGUGUUAUAGAACACCCUGCAGUGUUUAUAAGAAACACAACACUUUACAUUAGUGGGAUUCCAUGUUGUCUGUAUCACAUAAAUAUAUUUUAAACUAAUGGUGAUUAUCAUGGGAACAUCAUGCUCCACCCUGAAACAAUGCUUGUUUUCUGUUCCCACAAUACAUCUGGAUGCAGUGCAUAUUCUCUUUUUCCUGACAAACUGGUCUGAGUAAAAGUCGAGAAAUGUAUUACCCAGUUGAUUAAUGACCCAUGGUGUGGAAAUAGAAAAUAUCAAACAGUUACGUUUAAAAAUAUUUUGCUGUGAUACAGAGAACGCAAAGGUAAUGUCAUGUUUCUUGUAAAAUACUGCAGGGUGUUCUGUAACACUCUAAGACUCGUGUAUCUACCAGUUUUACUUAUGAAAUACAGACAGCACUAAAGGCAUCACACUGGUGUACCUGCAAAGUGGGGACUGAUUUUGUAAGCUUUCCUGCAAGUUCCAGGGUUAUAGAGCUACAGUAAUACCUUCAAGUGCAUCUCACUCAGCAACUAUAAUUCAGUAUGUACAACAAUAGUUCUCAGUUUGAGUUGUGUUAUAUUUUUAAGAUUUUACAUUGUUUUACUAGUUAGUGUACCUCUGCUGUAACAAAUGGAUCAGUAUGGGAAAGUGCCUGAUCCUUUUUUAUUGAGCUUCUGUUAUGUUACUUAGAGACUUGCAGUACUGUACAAACAAGAUGUUUUUGUUUGCCUCUUACAUUAACAACUUUAAAAAAUGUCAUUUUUUGGGAAA